CUGUUGUCACAUUGGUCAAACAUGAACCGGUCCAUCUUUCUUCUGUCCUUGGUCAUUCUGAGCUGCCUGACUUUUACUGAGGGUCAGCGGAUGUUCAUAAGCAGGCGAUGCUUGUGCUCCAGAACAUAUGAGAGUGUGCAGCCUAGAAACAUCAAGGAGUGGAGAGUGCAUGAACCAAGCGCAUCCUGUAAAACCACUGAGAUUAUUGUGAUUUUGAAGAAACCUCACAAAAAAGUCUGCCUGAAUCCCAAUUCAAAACUGGGACGCAAACUGCUAGAAAUGAAUUAGAGCUGAUUUCCAUGAACACACCGGAUCAUCCAUGGAUGAAAUAUCAAGAAGUGCCCAGGGUUCUUUUGUGGUUGCAGCUUUGAAGAUAAGGAGAAAUGGUGUCUCUCGGUAAACUGAUAGCCUAUCAUUAAAAAAGGAUAAAAGAUAACUUAAUGACCCAACUCUUACUGUAAGCAAUAGCAUACAGUCAAACAGAUGCACACCUCUCGCAUUUCUUUUCUUUUUUCAGCUGCAGUAGAUCAAGACUGAACACACUUUCUAAAAAAGGCUAGGCUAUGACACACACAGAAUACUCUGUAAUUAGGUUUAAAUAAAAGGUUUUAUUCAAUUGAGUGUAUCAUAAAAAGGAGAGGCAUGAAAGGGAGGAAUUAGAUUGGCAUGGUUUUCUUGCACCAAAUUAAAGUUCAGUAGGACUGAAAUUAUCAGUCCAAAAGAGAAUGUUAUUUUUGUUCGUUUAUUUGUUCGUUGUUGUUGUUGUUUUGUAAUUGGAGUGAAUGUUCAUGUUGUUUUUUAUAAUUAAUAUUUUUUAAUGAAAUAUCCAUUCAUGUUGAAUUAAGAAAGUCUUAAAUCUGUUAGGGUAUCUGGUCAAGCUACACCGCCUUGUUUUCAGUGUUUCUGCUAAAGAAGCCAAUAAAACCUGUUUAAAAAUA